AUGUCCGCCACUCGUUAUCGUCGCUUUCUCAAGUUGUGCGAAGAAUGGCCACGCGACGAGCGCAAGAAAGGUCGAGAUUUGGGAACGUUUCUCCGGCAGCGAGUGGCAGCCGCGUUCCGCGAGGGCGAAAACACACGGAUCUCAGACACAGAGAAGUGUGAUCAGAUUUAUGAAAGUCUGGCAAGAAUUAAUGCAAACACAUACAAACAGCGCUUUCCUCGUGUGAAAGACACAAGCUUCACUGGAGUCACAGCAGAGGAGUGUAAAUUAAUGUUGUCAGGUAGUGGGCAGGAAUCAGAUGAUGAAAAAAAGAGUUUCUGGAAAACAUUAACAGAGAGGUUUUCCUCCAAGUCACCAGAAGACAUUCCAGAGAAAGCUCCUGAAAAAUAACCUUUUAUGCACUUAUUUUGUUUAUAUGUAUGGAAAUAAAGAUUAUUGCUAUAUUUGCUCAAGGUUAUGUUUUACUUACAUUUGAAGUCAAAAUAUGAUUUUGUUACAAAACAAUUGAAAGAAACAGCACACAUUUCCCCACGUGUCAGGAAAUCUUAUCAUGGACCAAUUAAACCACAAUUGAACUUGAAGUUAUGUUUUGAUGCAAACACUUUUAAUCACCAAAAUAACAUCAUACAUGCGGUGUUUAUUGUUUGAAUGUGAAUGUUCAAUUUUGAACAUGGCUACAUCCCAGUUGUAACAAGGUAUGCACUCUUGUGUAACCACAAUAUGUUAAUCACUUCCUCUACCAAAAUUGUUUCUGAUUGACUUGCACAGGCUAUCAAUCACAUUAUUUAAAUAAAAAAAUUGCAUUUGAACAGAGGCAUGUAGUUAUGAAAGAACUGUAAAAAGGCUGCUGGUAAAAAAUAA